ACGGACCGUUCGUCAAUCAAUCCUCUCUAACUCCAGGGCUAGUGAUUCGCGAGCCGCGAGAUGCGGCUACAGCUGCUCGUCGCGACGUCGCUCCUGGCCGCGCGAUGCCGCGCCAACGCCGAGGAGAGUCCGCUGCAGCGGAGGAUGGCCGGGAUGAACGUCCACGGAAGUCCCCGGCCAUUCGGGGCCGAGCGGCCCUCGCGCGCCGAGGAGUUCAACCUCACGGGAGUCUUGCAACCCGAGUACCAGAUUCGGGCGACCCUCAAGCCCAACAACGUCUCACAGUUUUAUUACCUGAGCCCGAAAACUGGACCGCCGCCGACGCUUCUCGUCAGCCCAUGCAGUGGACCGAUAUCUUGGAGCAUCAGCUACGUAGGGCCUCCCGAAACCGAUCAGCACGCGGAAGGCACCAAGUCUCAAACCCACUGGCCGCUCAAGCAGAUGAUAACGGGCUCGCCACUUUUCAAGUACGAGGGCGCAGAGACCCGAAAUUUUACGAUCCCUGCGGCUCAGGCCAACCUCUACCGCAUCGAGAUGAAGCCCCUGAGCCCGCCAAUGCUCGAUUUAAAGACUCGCUCGCCAAACACAGUCCUCCUCUACGCGACUUCCGACGCCCUCGGCCAUCUUCCUGGGAACCUCGUAGUCCCGCUUAGAGGCAAACGGCACCAGCCCCUCCUCGAAUUCCAGCAGAGAUGGAGCAGGCGCAGACUCAUCGUAUCCUGGAACAAAAGUUCCUUGACGUCACGUUUCAGUCACGUAAACCCGGACACGUCGAGCUACCUACUGGCCGUGACGUCGGGCGCUCACUUGCACCCGCCGACCCUCUGUGCCGCCGAGAACAUCCUCAAGAAACAUCCUUGUCCCAGCAGGUCGAGCGGGGCUAUCCAGGACCAGCAUAGGAGCGAACCCGAAGGGCUGCACUGCGUCAGAAGGACCAAACUCACGCUUUUUGGCGUCAAGUACAACACCACCUACUACUUCACUCUAUAUAUCAUGAAUACGCAUAAUAAUGUAUCGAGUCGAGUAGCAAUGGAUUCCUUUAGAUUUCAGAGAAAGCCACCAAUUAUUCUACAGAGUGGACGUUACGCAACUACCAACUUAAGAAAAAGUGAUGGCUUUGCGAUUUUUCGAUAUAAGCCACGGGAAAAUACCAGCACGGUAUUUAAUAUUCUUGCUUGCGGUGCUUGUUCAGUCAAAGCAAAAUUUCGAGGACCAGGAUAUUAUCUAGAAGAACAAAUUGGUGGAGAGUUUUUAUUGCGAGCACCACCCCUACCAGUAGGCAGAAGAUUCAGCAUUCAAAUAACUGCAUCGCAAUCGGAUUUGGUUAAAAUGUCCAAAGUGAAAAUUUUGGCUACUGACGACGAGCCUUUAAACGAUAACUCGGCGACGAGGAGUUCGCCAUGGGAGUAUCGGAUGCCGCGCAAGUGUCGUGCUAAGCCGGCUUCAUGGUGCGCAAGUUCCCGAGGUCCGCGGACCCCGUCCGGUGCCGCCUCCUCGACUACGGGACCCUGUGCCGGUCAGGAGGGAAGGGGUCCGACUCACGUAUCGACGAGGCCCUGUCCUGGCCCCUGAGCACCCAACCGAGUCCUGGCUGCAUCGUCAAAAUGGCGCUGCGCAAUCCCUCCCGGUCCCUCGCAACGCCGUCAGGAUCGCAAAUCCCCAGCUGUGA